AUGCCUUCUUAUAGUGGCUCCCCCUCCCUCUUCGGGCCUGUCACUUCCCAUGAUCCUCAUCUUCCCCCUCAUAUCCCCCCGGAUCAGUCCUCUUUGACCAUCCAAGUCUCAUCCUCGCCUGAUCGUGCUAUCCCAAUUGAGAAUUUUAUAAGCUGGACAACCACGACGGCUACUGCGGUCUCUUCGCUCAGCACUAGCCAUCGUAACGAGGUCGACUCUUCACUAUUUGAUUCCUCUAACUCGCAAUCGUCCAACGUCGGGGAUCUGUCCCUGGCUGUGGAGCAGAUGAUCGGAAAGGCAAAAGCAACAAUUGUCAUUCUUACUUCACUGAUCGCCUAUGUGUCGAUCAAUAGCUUGAUCCGUGCCCUGAACCCGUCGGCCUUUAUUUGGUAUGAAGAAGACCGAGACGAGCAGCGCUGGAUCGCUUCCUCUCGGUCAUGGAUCGACCGGAAAGCCUGCCGUUGGUUGAGUCUCUGCGGUACCGCCCAUUUCCGCACGGUUCGCCCGCGCUUCGGCCAGCGCAAAUUCCUGGCCGAGUUUAACUCCUCUGCCGAAGAGCUAGAGGAGGAAUCGGCUCCUUGGCGUUCAUUUUGGUUCCGAAAACAUGACCAUCCAGCAGCUCAGUGGGACGAUACCGAACAGUCUCUAAGAGAAAUUCCUGAUUAUGUGUUUGAAUAUGCUCCCCUGGUACAUCUCUUCUCCAAUGAGCAGUUCUGGCCAUGCGACAUUGCAGAGCAUCUUUACCACACCACUCCGAUGCUCAACUACACGCCCGCUCAGUCGCAACAGAACCAUCGGACGCUGGAGGACCUUGACGAACUGAAUCAGUGGCAAGACGGACGCUAUGUGUUCCUGACGAGCAACGACGACGUUGAGGGGCGUCCCGCUUGGCUAGAAGGCGCGAAAAACAUCCCAGAUCCCUCUAACGAGGAUCAAGAGGAAUCGUGGUCUGAUUGGGAUGGCCGAGUCGACGGACCCGUUCCGGGAGAUACUCCUGAAGGUCGGCUCAAGUGGUAUGACACUGAUCAUCACGCUCUCACCGAUGACGAGACCGCCGCGCUCCCAUUGGAAAAGCUCGGUUACUCUGGAGCAGAUGAGCUGCUUCAGGAUGAGACGGUUCGAGACGAACUGCGGAGGCGCUUUGGUGGAGAACCGAUCGAAAUCCGGGAGACCGGAGGUCGCAGCGAUGCGCCAGCGGUUUUGCUUGUAAUAGACAAGGGGGACGGCAUUGUUGAUGCGUUUUGGUUUUUCUUCUACAGCUUCAAUCUCGGAAACGUCGUUCUCAACGUGCGCUUUGGCAACCAUGUCGGUGACUGGGAGCACUGCCUGGUGCGGUUCCAUCACGGUCGGCCCAAGGCUCUCUUCUUCAGCGCGCAUUCCGCAGGCGAGGCGUACAGCUACGAAGCGGUUGAGAAGAUUGGGCAACGGCCGGUUAUAUAUUCAGCACUGGGUACACACGCCAUGUAUGCUACACCGGGUGUGCAUCCGUACAUUCUCCCAGGAGGUCUUCUUCAUGACCAGACGGAUCGAGGACCGCUGUGGGAUCCUCUGUUGAACUCGCACAUGUACACAUACGAUCCCACGAAUGACACCUUGCGUGCAUCCACCGCCAGCCCGUUGGCUCCCACAGAGUGGUUCUACUUCAACGGCCACUGGGGGGAUAAGUUCUAUCCGCUUGGCGACCGUCGACAGUACCGCUUUGCGGGCCAGUAUCACUAUGUGAACGGUCCGUUGGGUCCUCGAUUCAAACACCUUAACCGCCGCAAGGUAUGUCAAGGGUCUGACGAUGAUCCUUGCGUGAUCAAAAAUUACGUGGGCGAGAAAAUGCGUCCCCAGCGCUUGCCCAAUGCCGUACCUGACGAAUAA